GGCCGGGAAAACGAGAACUUCCCCGAAGUCCCAUCCUUGCCCGCAGUGCCCGAUCCUCUCUUCCGAUCCGGUCGGUUCCAUGGGUUUGGAAGCAGCCGCCCCGAGGCCCAUGGAGACCCUCGUCAUCCUGGACCUUGAAGCCACAGGCCUGCCCUUCUCUCAGCCCAAGGUCACCGAGCUGUGCCUGGUGGCCAUCCACAGACAUGCCUUGGAGGGGCCCCAAGCUGCCCCUCCAACGGGGGCCCCUUGCCAGGUGCCUCCGCCACCCCGGGUGACUGACAAGCUCUGCGUGUGUGUGGCCCCCGGAAAGGCCUGCAGCGCGGCAGCCAGCAGCCUCACAGGCCUGAACACGGCCAUGCUGACGGCCCACCGGAGGCCUCGCUUUGACUCCGGGCUUGGGGGCCUUCUGCAGGCCUUCCUUCAGAGGCAGCCACCCCCCGUCUGUCUGGUGGCCCACAACGGGGACCGCUUUGACUUUCCCCUGUUGCAAGCCGAGCUGGUCGGGGCCGGCCUAGGCACAGAUGCCCUAAGCGGUGUCUUCUGUGUGGACAGCAUCGCGGCCCUGAGAGCCCUGGACCGCUCGGGCCCACCCCGGGAAUCCAGCCAGAGGAAGAGCUACAGCCUGGGGAACGUCUACACCCGUCUGUACGGCCAGGCCCCGCCCGACACGCACACCGCCGAGGGCGACGUCCUUGCCCUGGUCAGCAUCUGCCAGGCCCGGCCCCAGCCCCUGCUGCGCUGGGUCGACACUCACGCCAGACCCUUCAGCAGCGUCAAACCCAUGUACGAAGCGGGAGCCGUGACCGACCAGGAGGCUGCCUGUGACACGGGGACAAUGACCGAAUGCCCGAAGCUCCGGGCAGCCCCCGCCGGGGCCGCAUCGGGGGAUGCCAGCCCAGGUAGCGGCAAGAGAAGGGGCAGACCAGAGGCUCCCUCCCGCCCCCGGAACGCCCCCAGCCCCUCCCAUCUGAACCCGUCCCACCUGCUGGCCAUGCUGGGCCCCCUGGUGGUUUUGACCAUGGCGGUGGCUCUGUACUGGGUGCCCUGGUCAUCCUAGUGUCAUCCACAUCCCCUUUGGAUGGAGGAGCAGGUCUUCCAAGGGAGAGUCUCAUGGAUAUGUUACAAAACAAAGUUUUAAAUAAAAAUUAGAACCUUUGGCCCAGACUUCCACCACAGGAAUCUGAUCCAGCAGUUCCUCUGGCCUGUCUUUGUUAUAGCCCCACAUUCAAAAGCCUUUUCCGGGGGAAGACCGACUAGACACCCUUCCAGACAGGGCAGGCUUGGAGGAUCACUUUCGUAAAUCUGGAGGAGGAGAAUCUGGUUUCCUAUCUCAGGCGAAAACCUCCCCACUGUAGCUCCUAGUCUGAAGGCAGAGGGAGUCUGACUUUCAGAGAUCUCCUGAUCUCUGGCAGACAUGGAAGGCCCACCAGUUCUAAACUGGACCAGUGACUUAGCCACAGGACAACAGACUGCAAGGCCAGAAUCAUCCCUGAGAGGCCCCAGGAUCUCAGUUGACCAACCUCAUAUC